CCGUUAAAGCGGCGGCGGCCAGAGGCGGCGGCCGGAGGCGGCGGCGAUGGGCAGCGAGGGGGAGCGGGGUCCGGCGGCGGCCCCAGGCCCGGGCGACCCGCGGGCGCUGCGGAGGGACUGCCAGCACCGGAUCUUCGUCAACCGGAGCCUGGCACUGGAGAAGAUCAAAUGCUUCGGCUUCGACAUGGACUACACCUUGGCCAUGUACAAGUCCCCUGACUACGAGGAGCUGGCCUUCGCCCUGCUGCUGGAGCACCUCGUCUCCAUUGGGUACCCCCACGAGAUCCUCGCCUACAAGUACGACCCCACCUUCCCCACACGGGGGCUGGUGUUCGAUGCCCUGUACGGGAACCUGCUGAAGGUGGACUCCCACGGGAACCUGCUGGUCUGCGCCCACGGCUUCCGCUUCCUUAAGGGGGCCGAAAUCCUCCACUAUUACCCCAACAAGUUCAUCCAGCGGGACGACAUGAAGCGCUUCCACAUCCUCAACACCCUCUUCAACCUCACAGCCCCCUCCCCGGCAGAGGCCCACCUCUACGCCUGUCUCGUGGACUUCUUCACCAACUGCUCCAGAUACGUCAACUGUGACACCGGCUACAAGCAUGGAAACCUCUUCAUGUCCUUCCGCAGCAUGUUCCAGGAUGUGCGCGAGGCCAUGGACAGUGUCCACCUCUCGGGCUGCUUGAAGGAGAAGACAUUGGAGAACCUGGAGAAAUACGUGGUGAAGGACCCCCGGGUGCCGCUGCUGCUGAGCCGCAUGAAGGAGGUGGGGAAGGUCUUUCUGGCCACCAACAGCGACUAUAACUACACCGACGCCAUCAUGUCCUACCUGUUUGACUUCAGCGAUGGACGCAAGCAGGCCGAGACCCCGCAGCGCCCCUGGCGAUCCUAUUUUGACCUCAUCGUGGUGGACACCCGCAAGCCACUCUUCUUCGCCGAGGGCACUGUCCUGCGCCAAGUCAACACGGAUACGGGGAAGCUGCGCAUUGGGACAUACACUGGCCCGCUCCAGCACUGCGCUGUCUACUCCGGCGGCUCCUCGGACGUGGUGUGUGACCUGCUGGGCGUGAAGGGCAAAGACAUCCUCUACAUGGGGGACCACAUCUUCGGGGACAUCCUCAAGUCCAAGAAGCGGCAGGGCUGGCGUACCUUCCUGGUGGUGCCAGAGCUGGCCCGCGAGCUGCAGGUCUGGACGGAGAAGAGCGAGCUGUUUGAGGAGCUGCGGAGCCUGGACCUUUUCCUGGCGGAGCUGUACCAGCACUUGGACAGUGGCAGCAGCGAGCGCCCGGACAUCAGCUCCAUCAAGCGUCGGAUCCAGAAAGUCACGCACGAGAUGGACAUGUGCUACGGGAAGAUGGGCAGCCUCUUCCGCUGCGGCUCACGCCAGACGCUCUUCGCCAACCAGCUGAUGCGCUACGCAGACCUCUACGCCGCCUCGUUCAUCAACUUCCUCUACUACCCCUUCAGCUACCUCUUCCGAGCACCCCCUGUCCUGAUGGCACAUGAGUCGACGGUGGAGCACGGCCGCCUGGACGCGGGGGAGGCAGGCACGACCCUGGCACCCUGGCUGGCCCAGCAUGGCCACCCCGGCCAGCAGGUGGGUGGCAGGGGACCGAGGAGCAGAAGGGCAGAGGAGUCCCAGCACCAGCAACCCGAUGCCAGUGGAGUCCUGUGCCCACUGAGCCCCCCACCUCCUUCUCAGGUUGCUGGGGUACGCCGGGACUCCAGCGGGGAGGAGGAGGAUGACGGAGAAGCCUGAGCCCACCCCAGCGCCAACGGCUGCUGAGCUGGCAGCAGCCAGCCCCCGCAGGGCAUUCGGUGGCCCCGGACCACUUGUGCUGCCAGCCCGAAGCCACCCGUGGUCAGCUACCACCUCCAGUGGCCACAGGACAGCUGGUGGCCCGGGCCCAUGCCCCAUGUCACGCCUCUCCCCGUGCAGCAUUGCCCUUCUCCCGACUGUGCCAGGAGCUGGGAGAAGGGCCCCCCAGAGCCCACGGGCUGCCCGGUGCCCCCACUUUCACUCAUGGGUCCCCUCACCAGCAUCAGCUGCUUCUCCCAGCCAGCUCGACGCCAGCCUGGGGCCGCCCAAUGCCAGGGAGAGCCGGCAGCGCUGCUGCCGCGGGUAUCGCUGGAAACCUGCUUUGCACGGAUCGGUGGUCCCAGCAGCCCCUGCCCCUCCAGCUUCAGUGCCUGGCCCAGGCACCACGGCGCUGGGGCCUGGCUCCCGGUGGAGGUGGGUGGAUGUUGCUCAAGCACAGAAGGGCUCUGGAGGCAACUGCUGCUCCCUGGGAAUCCCUUUUACUCGCUAUUACCCUCUUCUGUUUUCUACCCAUUUCUAUUUAUAAAAGAUACUCAAACUCCUGGCACUGCAGAGACAUAAAAUUGGCUAUUUUAAAGGAAAACUGCUUUGCCCCUGAGCCUGGGAGGUGGGGGCAAAGGGCAAUUCCCAAAUCCUCAGCCAGCAGCUGGGACAAGUGCAAGGCCCUGGGCGGAGGGUGGCAGCCCCGAGACACCCCCCGCUCUGCCGGCACUGUCCUGCACACCAGAGGAGGGGGCCGGGCCUGCCACCCUCCCCAGACCCGCGCCGGGAAUUCCAGCUCCUGCUCUAAGACUUCUUCCAGCAUCGAGGUUUCUCAAUAAAGAUGCUGACCCAA